CAGACUGCGUUAGAGACGGACUUUCGAGUUUACCCGGCCUAGUCGUGCGUAAGUUGGGGAAUGCGGGGAAUGUUCUGUAUGAGGGGGAUGUUUAUAAAACUGACUGCUCGCUCUGGAAUCAGCUGCCAUACAAAUUCUACCGUGUGACAAAUUUCGAUAGCGGAUAGUUUACAAAUUUCACCACACAACGUAUAUUCAAUUGUUACAGUAAUCAUGGCUACCGGAAUUCUUAAAGUUAAAGACACCAAUGUGGUCGACGAAAAUGGAAAGACAGUCAUUUUACGAGGAGCAGGAUUGGGAGGAUGGCUUAACAUGGAGAAUUUCAUCACGGGAUAUCCUGGCCACGAAUCACAACAUCGUGCAGCAAUGCUCCAAGUUUUGGGGAAGGAGAAAUACGAUUUCUUCUUUGACAAGUGGCUCGAAGCCUUCUUCACCGAAGGUGAUGCAAAGUAUUUUGCUAGCUUGGGUCUGAAUUGUAUUCGGAUUCCGUUCAACUACCGCCAUUUCGAAGAUGACAUGAAUCCCAGAGUGUUAAAAGAGGAGGGGUUCAAGCAUCUCGACAGAGCCAUCGAACUUUGCACCAAACAAGGCAUUUAUACAAUCCUGGAUAUGCAUACGCUACCAGGUGGUCAAAACCCGGGAUGGCACUCUGACAAUGCUACUCCGUACGCGGCAUUUUGGGACUACAAGGACCACCAAGAUCGCACUGUAUGGCUCUGGGAGCAAAUCGUCGAGCGAUACAAGGGAAACCCCUGGAUUGCCGGUUAUAACCCCAUUAAUGAGCCGUGUGACCCGCAGCACGUUCGUCUCCCAGCCUUCUACAAACGUAUUGAGAAGGCAAUCCGGAAAAUAGACCCAGACCACAUUCUUUGGCUGGAUGGAAACACGUUCGCAAUGGAGUUCCGCGGAUUUGAUGAGGUUCUCCCGAAUUGCGUCUAUGCGCUCCACGAUUAUAGUAUGAUGGGCUUUCCAACCGGGCGCCCGUUUACUGGCACAGACGAGCAGAAGGCUAUACUUGCCAGGCAAUAUGCAAGAAAGACGGAGUUCCAUCGUGAAAACAAGACGGCAAUUUGGAAUGGCGAGUUUGGUCCAGUGUACGCCAACCCGCGGUAUGAGCCAGAAGCAGAGAAAAUCAACCAAGGACGGUAUGAGCUCCUCGGCGAACAGAUGAAGAUUUACGAUAAGGCGCAGAUUUCUUGGACCAUCUGGCUGUACAAGGAUAUCGGCCUCCAGGGAAUGGUCCAUACCUCUCCGGAUUCUCCUUGGAACAAGCUUAUUGCUCCGUUCCUUGAGAAGAAGAAGAGGCUCCAGCUCGACUCAUGGGGAAAAUAUCCCUCCGAGGAAGUGGAUAACCUGAUGAAGCCAUUGAUUGAAUGGGUUGAUAAGGUGUCACCAACAGCAAAAGAUCUGUAUCCGACUUCAUGGAAUACGCAGAAGCAUCUGGAUCGCGCAAUUCUGCAGACAUUUCUGAGUGAUUCGCUGCAGAUGGAGUUUGCAGAGCUCUUCAAAGAUAAAAGCUUUGACGAGCUAGAACUAUUAGCAAAGAGCUUCCAGUUCGAUCAGUGUAUCCAGCGGGACGGCUUAAACCGCAUUAUGUCGGAUCAUGCCACAGUGGCUGUGUUGGAGUAACAUUUCCAUGGUUAUUGGAGCGAUACUGGAAUCUCGACGUGGUCAAUUUCCACUUCAGUCUUUGGGCCUGAGCAGAUACAACUGAGAAAAUACUACACGAGGUGUCAACGUCUAGCGGUCCUCAUCCGCAUGCCACUCAUCAUACUCGACGGUAUUAAAUGCUUCCUCUGAGGGGUUGCAUGGCUAUGUGAACACUGAUGAGUUAGUUGGUUUCAUGUAUUUGUAUAAUUGAAUGAUAUAAUCGUUGCUGCUGAAAUCGCCCAUUCCGAAGAAAACUGAGCCCUA